AUGGCACAUAAUUACGAGGUCGGAACGCGGGCAUGGCAGCCUGAUCCGACAGAAGGAUGGAUUGCGUCCGAGGUCAAAGAGAAAUUGGUAGAUGGGGACAGAGUACAAUUGGUCUUUUUGUUAGAGAAUGGCGAGACAAAAAUGCUUGAGACGACAGAACUUGAGUUGCAAGUGGACAACAACCCGAAUUUACCUCCUUUGAUGAAUCCUGCCAUGCUUGAAGCGAGCGAGGACCUCACGAACCUGUCCCAUCUGAAUGAACCAGCCGUCCUGCAGGCCAUUAAACUACGUUACGCACAAAAGGAGAUAUAUACAUAUAGUGGCAUCGUCCUCAUCGCAACAAAUCCAUUCGCCCGAGUCGAUUCGCUCUAUGUCCCGCAGAUGGUACAGGUGUAUGCUGGGAAGCAGCGUGCUUCACAAGCUCCCCAUCUGUUCGCCAUUGCAGAGGAGGCAUUUGCUGACAUGCUGCGAGAUGGAAAAAAUCAGACGAUCGUGGUCUCCGGUGAAUCAGGUGCUGGUAAGACGGUCAGCGCCAAAUACAUCAUGCGGUACUUUGCGACUCGUGAAUCGUCGGAUCAACCAGGAAAGUACAGCACAAGUCGGGCGGAUGCGAUCAGCGAGACCGAAGAGCAGAUUUUAGCUACCAAUCCUGUCAUGGAAGCUUUUGGUAAUGCAAAGACCACAAGGAAUGACAAUUCAUCACGGUUUGGAAAGUAUAUUGAGAUCAUGUUUGACGAUAGGAACAAUAUCGUUGGAGCGAAAAUAAGGACUUACCUCUUGGAACGAUCACGACUGGUAUUCCAGCCUCUCAAAGAGCGCAAUUACCACAUCUUUUAUCAGCUUGUGACUGGGGCAACGGAUCAAGAGAAACAAGACCUCGGUCUUGCCUCCAUUGAGGAUUUCGACUAUCUCAAUCAAGGAGGAACCCCGACUAUUGACGGCGUCGAUGAUAAGGCUGAGUUCAACGCGACAAGAAAGUCCCUCAGUACGAUUGGGGUGCUGGAGCGAACUCAGGCUGAAAUUUUCCGAAUCCUCGCUGCAUUAUUGCACCUGGGCAACGUCAAGAUUACCGCCACCCGGACUGAUUCCACUUUGUCGCCUUCGGAGCCUUCACUUGUGCAGGCCUGUGAGAUUCUUGGAAUUGACGUGAACGAGUUUGCAAAAUGGAUCGUGAAGAAGCAGCUAAUCACUAGAGGGGAGAAGAUCACCUCGAACCUCACACAACAACAAGCAACUGUUGUCAAGGACUCAGUCGCGAAAUUUAUAUAUUCCAGCUUAUUCGACUGGCUAGUUGAUAAAAUCAACCACCGCUUAGCCAAUGAUGAGGUCCUGACCAGUUACAAAUCUUUCAUUGGUGUGCUAGAUAUCUAUGGUUUCGAGCAUUUUGCAAAGAAUUCAUUCGAACAGUUUUGCAUCAAUUACGCCAAUGAGAAACUACAGCAAGAAUUCAACCAGCACGUUUUCAAACUUGAGCAAGAGGAAUACGUGCGCGAACAAAUAGAUUGGACAUUCAUUGACUUCUCUGACAACCAGCCCUGUAUUGAUCUGAUUGAGGCAAAACUCGGGAUAUUGUCUCUUUUGGAUGAAGAAUCCCGGCUUCCAAUGGGCUCCGACGAACAAUUUGUUACCAAACUCCAUCACAACUUUGCUGCUGACAAGCAAAAAUUCUACAAGAAACCCCGAUUCGGCAAAUCUGCAUUCACAAUUUGCCAUUAUGCGGUUGAUGUGACUUAUGAGUCCGACGGCUUCAUAGAAAAGAACAGGGACACUGUUCCAGAUGAGCAUAUGGGCAUUUUACGUAACUCGUCGAACCCGUUCGUGAAAGAAAUACUUGAUACUGCUGCCGCCGUUCGCGAGAAAGAUUCGGCUUCUAUGUCAUCCAAAGCAGUUGCGGCUCCUGGCCGCCGAAUUGGGGUUGCUGUCAAUCGAAAACCCACAUUGGGGGGGAUUUUCAAGUCAUCACUAAUUGAACUCAUGACCACAAUUAAUUCUACCGACGUGCACUAUAUUAGAUGCAUCAAGCCAAACGAGGCCAAAGAGCCAUGGAAAUUCGAAGGUCCGAUGGUCCUCAGUCAGCUUAGAGCCUGUGGUGUGCUUGAAACCGUUCGAAUCAGUACUGCUGGGUAUCCCACUCGUUGGACUUACGAGGAGUUCGCUAUUCGCUAUUACAUGCUUUGUCAUUCAUCUCAGUGGACGUCAGAAAUCAAGGAAAUGUGCCACGCAAUUUUACAGAAAGCUUUGGGAGACGCAAAUCAUCAGAAACAUGACAAAUAUCAACUGGGUUUGACAAAGAUAUUCUUCCGGGCAGGCAUGCUUGCUUUCCUUGAGAACCUUCGGACAUCUAGACUUAACGAAUGCGCAAUCAUGAUACAGAAGAACUUGCGGUGCAAAUACUAUCGGCGUCGGUACCUCGAAGCUCGCACUUCUAUUCUUACUACACAGGCUCUGGUCAGAGGUUUCCUAGCACGGCGACAAGCUGCAGAAAUACGUCAAAUCAAAGCUGCCACAACUAUCCAAAGAGUCUGGCGUGGUCAGAGAGAAAGAAAACUCUACAACAGAAUCCGCAGCAAUUUCAUUUUGUUUCAAUCUGUUGCCAAAGGCUUUCUUUGCCGACAGAAUAUUAUGGACACGAUACAUGGCAAUGCGGCAAAAAUUAUACAACGCGCAUUUCGUUCCUGGCGGCAAAUACGUGCCUGGCGGCAGUAUCGUCGCAAGGUAGUCAUCGUCCAAAGCUUGUGGAGAGGAAAAGAGGCUCGGAAACAAUAUAGGAAACUUCGAGAAGAGGCAAGGGACCUCAAGCAAAUAUCCUACAAAUUGGAGAACAAGGUGGUAGAAUUGACCCAGUAUCUUGAGUCCUUGAAGCGUGAAAACAAAUCCUUGAACUCACAACUGGAGAACUACGAAACGCAACUGAAAUCGUGGAGAAGCCGCCACAAUGCGUUAGAGAGCCGCUCUAGGGAACUUCAGGCAGAAGCCAACCAAGCGGGAAUCACCGCCGCUCGUUUGGCUGCCAUGGAGGAAGAAAUGAGCAAAUUGCAGCAAAGUUACGCUGAGGCACAAACAAUCAUCAAGCGCCUACAAGAAGAGGAAAAAGCCUCACGGGAAUCGAUUCGUUCUGCAAAUAUGGAAUUAGAACGAUUGAAACAACUCAAUAGUGAAGCCGAGAACGAUAGAGCGUCCCUGCGCCAACAAGUUGCUGAACUCGAAGAACAGUUAGAGCUAGCGAAGCGCAGUCUACCUGUGAACGGCUCUAAUGGGGACACACAGAAUGGUGGCCCCAUACAACCCCCUGCCGGCGGCUUGAUCAACCUAGUCUCAUCGAAGAAGUCUAAACCCAAGCGACGCAGUGCCGGAGCGGAAAGAAUCGAGACUGAUCGCUUUAGCGGCGCUUACAACCCUCGGCCCGUAUCAAUGGCGAUCCCAAGCUCCAAUAUUGGCCGUCAAAACUUCUCGGGACAUCCCUUCUCUCCAGGCCUAGACACCGUCGAGGUGGAGCUUGAGAAUCUCCUUUCGGAAGAAGAUGAGCUCAACGAGGAAGUCGCCAUGGGUCUGAUUCGAAACUUGAAAAUUCCACUGCCCAGCUCCACCCCCCCGCCAACCGAGAAAGAGGUUCUCUUUCCGGCAUAUCUCAUCAACUUGGUCACAUCAGAGAUGUGGAACAAUGGUUUUGUUAAAGAAUCCGAGCGCUUCUUGGCCAAUGUAAUGCAGUCGAUUCAGCAAGAGGUCAUGCAACACGAUGGCGACGAUGCCAUAAAUCCCGGUGCCUUCUGGCUUUCUAACGUACACGAAAUGCUCUCGUUCGUCUUCUUAGCCGAAGAUUGGUACGAAGCCCAAAAGACAGAUAAUUACGAGUACGACCGCCUUCUCGAAAUUGUGAAACAUGAUCUCGAAAGCCUAGAGUUCAAUAUCUAUCACACAUGGAUGAAGGUGCUCAAGAAGAAACUGUACAAGAUGAUAGUUCCUGCGAUCAUCGAGUCACAGUCUCUUCCCGGGUUUGUUACCAGUGAAACGAACCGAUUCCUUGGAAAACUUUUGCCAUCAAAUAACAAUCCAGCUUACAGCAUGGACAAUCUCCUCAGCCUUCUGAACAAUGUUUAUAAGGCAAUGAAAGCGUUCUACUUGGAAGAAUCCAUUGUCAAUCAGACCGUGACAGAGCUUCUUCGGCUCGUCGGCGUCACAGCUUUCAAUGAUCUCUUAAUGCGAAGGAACUUCCUGUCCUGGAAACGUGGCCUGCAGAUUAAUUACAAUAUAACUCGGAUUGAGGAGUGGUGUAAGAGCCAUGAUAUGCCGGAAGGGACACUGCAGCUUGAACAUUUGAUGCAAGCAACAAAACUCCUUCAGCUCAAGAAGGCAACCCUGAAUGACAUUGAAAUCAUUCAAGAUAUCUGCUGGAUGUUGUCUCCAAACCAGAUUCAAAAAUUGUUGAAUCAGUAUCUUGUUGCAGAUUAUGAACAGCCCAUCAAUGGGGAGAUAAUGAAGGCCGUCGCCUCGCGCGUCACAGAGAAGAGCGAUGUACUUCUUCUUACACCUGUUGACGUGGAAGAUAGUGGUCCAUAUGAAAUUGCUGAGCCUCGCGUCAUAACAGCUCUAGAAACAUACACCCCCUCCUGGCUUCAAACACCACGCCUGAAACGCCUCGCGGAGAUUGUCUCUGCCCAGGCAAUGGCUCAGCAGGAGAGGCUUGAACUGAUAGAACCUGAUGUAUUGCCAGCUGAGUGA